GAAGGAGUGACGCUUCAUAAUGGCGGAACAAAGUGGUGGAGUUGGGAGGAAAAGUCGCGCGUUUGCCGACAAAUUAAACAAGUAAGUCAGUUGUGAUUGCGCUGUUUUGUAAUGCGAAGGUAUGUCAGAUUAUGGUCUGUAAUACAACGAUGUUUUAUUCGCUUUUUAGGACGUAUUCUGCGGCGCAAGCCAGGGAAAUGGCCGCAUCUACGUUGGCGUUUGCCCAUGAAAGAUCGAAUAGUUUCGGUUCUCAAACCAGCAUGAACAGCAGAUCUAGUCAAGAUACUAUACAGGGGAUGUUUAGCGGCACAGUAAGUUUAUAUCAUCCGUACUGAUCUGUACAUUUUGAAAUUGCUUGCGGGUUUUAA